CAGUACGUGAUCCGCCCCUGCCGCAAACUGUUCUCCAUCGAUGUACAGUGUAUCCACCACCGCCGCACAUACUCGUGAGUCGUGUCGUGAAAAGUGCACUUCGUCUUUUGCUACUGGGCAACACCUCCUGCCAUGCACACCAACCUAUUUCUUCCUCCAUCCAACGGUUCAUUUCCUCUGUUACCCUACCACGGGCGGCUCAGAUCAAGACCUCGAAGUCCAACACCCCCUCUCCCAGUCCGUCUCUGUGACUGUGGCCCCAGUUUGCACUACUUUCCCUUCUCCUCGGAGUCGGCACUAACCGGCAGUUUCCAAAAUCAGCUUACCAGAACCGCUCGAACCCAAAAAUCCGAGCAGCAUUUUUCACAGGCGGAGUGAGCACAAGCGAUGGAGAAGGAAAGAGAGCAGCAGGUUUACUUGGCUAGGCUCGCUGAGCAAGCAGAAAGAUAUGACGGUUAAGCCCCCAUCUCUACUAUUAUUCCUUGGAUCUAUUCAUGUCUGUCUUUUUCUGCUUUUAGUGGCUGCUCUAUUUGAGAUUGUUUGAGCUUUGGGCCUGAACUUUUUUUACGAAGGGUAAAAGUUAGACCGAAGAAAUGUCUGAACUUUUAAUUCGCCUCUUCUACUACCUGUUAUGGGUAUUCAGCUCUUCGGCAACUUGGUUGAUUGUUUUAGAUUUUUGGUUGCCUUUUUUUUGCCGUUGUUGUUAUUUGGCCGAGGUGAGAUUCUCCCAAUUACGCUUCUGGGUUAAGCUGUAGAAGUAAAAAAAUGUCGCUUUGUUUCCUUUGUGUUGAUUGCAAUUCGUACUGGUUCGUAAAUGAAGAAGAUUUUCUUCGAUAACAUUGUUGAUUAGAACUAUGAAAAUGAUACUGCUAUUGAGGUUCAUGGCAAUUGUGACCAGUGUUUGUUCUAGAAGUUCAUGCACUGAAAUGUUGCUUUCAUUGCAACACCAUCAAUCCCCAAUGGUUUUGUCUCGUCUUGAUGCGUGAAAUGUUGUUUCAGUGCAACACCAUCAUGUUCCUUGUCAGGAACGUGAGAGUUGUCUUUUAAGUCCUCUGUUUUUGGUUGUGCUAGUAUGUAAGUACGUUAUGAAGCUUCUGAAGCUGCUUGAUCAUGUGUAUCUUGAACUUUCACUGAGUUAGUUGCUCAUUUUGUUGCUUCUUCCACUCCUACUACUUGCAGAGAUGGUCGAAGCAAUGAAGAAUGUUGCUAAGUUGGACUUGGAACUGACAGUGGAGGAGAGGAAUCUGGUUUCUGUGGGUUACAAGAAUGUGAUUGGAGCAAGGAGGGCAUCCUGGCGUAUAUUGUCCUCGAUCGAACAAAAGGAAGAGGCCAAGGGGAAUGAACAAAAUGUGAAGAGGAUCAAAGAGUACAGGCAGAGGGUUGAGGAUGAGCUUGCAAAGAUUUGUAAUGACAUACUGUCGGUCAUUGAUCAGCAUCUUAUUCCCUCAGCCACGUCAGGGGAGUCGACCGUGUUUUACUAUAAGAUGAAAGGAGACUACUGCCGUUAUUUGGCUGAGUUCAAGGGUACUGAUGAUCGCAAAGAGGCUGCUGAUCAAUCACUCAAGGCGUACGAGGCUGCCGCCUCAACUGCCGCAUCAGAUCUGCCGCCUACUCAUCCAAUCAGGCUUGGUUUAGCUCUGAACUUUUCAGUCUUCUACUAUGAGAUUUUGAACUCUCCUGAAAGGGCUUGCCAUCUUGCUAAACAAGCCUUUGAUGAAGCUAUAGCAGAACUCGAUAGUCUAAAUGAAGAGUCGUACAAGGAUAGUACUCUCAUCAUGCAGCUGCUUAGGGAUAAUCUCUCUUUGUGGACCACAGAUCUAGCCGAGGAAGGAGGUAAGCCGAGCAUUGUCUAUUGCCUUCUUGAGUACCAGACCUGUCAGUGCAUGAAUGUUGCUAUCUAUGCUGGCUCUUUUUUAAGUGAGCCGUCUAAAGGUGAUGAAGCAUAAGCAUAGAAUUAGCCUGAAGAGGAUUGCUAUUCUUUUUAAAAGGACUGGGUUCAUGUUGGGAGGGGAAGGAAGGCCCUGGCGAAGAUUAAUCCUUGUUUGCAGGAGUUAUAGAAGUAGAUGAGCGGUGUGGCCGAUUAACUUGUAUCUAAUGUGGUGAAAGAUUCAUUCCAUCACGGGCUGUUCGAUGUUGUGUUUUUCUUUAUCUCCAAGAACACAAAGAAACUCGAAUUUGAAACUGAGUUGAUUGUAGUUUCCCCUUGCAAUCAUGUUUCGAUGUUGUCUGUGAUUCAAAGUUUUCAAUCUAACCAACAAUGGGGACUGAGAGCAACAUCAGGAAACCAACAGAUUUGCCAAUAAUGAUGAUGAGGUUGGUGAAUAUACAAUGGCACAAUGCAGGUAUUGGCGAUUCAGUGAGAAGCAGUCGCAGUUCCAUUGCAUUCUUCGGUAUGCUUGUGAUUGGGGUUCGAGUCGUUUCCUGAAGCAGGCAACUUGGAGCUGUAGGAAUCAACGAGAAAUGUUCUCAAGAGCUUGACGAACUCCUUGGGCUUCUCUACGUUGAAAGCAUGCCCUGCAUUCUUGAUCACCUGAAGCUCUGCAUUCUCCCCCACAUGCCUCUUCAUCCUGUAGGCAAGCUCCACCGGAAAAACUUGAUCUUUCUCUCCCCAGAUGAUCAGUGUCGGCUGAGAAAUCUUGGGAAUGUCGGAGAGCCUCCUUCCUUUGGGAAUAGCUUUCAGCAGAUCUUUCUUCUCUUCCGUGAAUUCCCCACACAUCGACUCGAUGAAAUCGGUGAGCAAGCAAGGUGGAAGCAAACCCACCGGCGGCGGCCGGAAAAAAGCAUAACCCACAAGCUCCCUCAGCUUAUCGGGACACUGCGGGACCAGAAUCUUCGCCGCUUCCUCCAAAUCCGAAACGCUGAAGAUCCCAUCCUCUUUCAAAUCCUUCUCCUCCAUACAAACCCCGGAGCAGCAGAUCACCACUCUGUCCACCGCGUCCCUGAACUGGGCCGCCAUGCUGUAGCCCACGAACCCGCCGUAGCUGAGCCCGACGACGCUGAGCUUGCGGACCGGACUGGGCUGCCGCUGCAGGGCCCGCAUCAGGGACCGGGCCUGGAAACCCUCGGUCCGGUCGGGUCGGGUCGUGAAGGAGUCGCCGAAGAAGACGAGGUCGGGAACGUAGAGGUUGAAGUGAGGGACGAAGUGGCGGAUGACGUCCCCCCACUGCCAGAGAGCGUUGGCGCCGAAGCCGUGGAUGAGGAGGAGGUUGGGCUUUGUCGGGUCGGGCGAUUUGGGUACCCAGCAGUGGAUUACGGUGCCGUCUUGGAGGUCCGAGACGGUGGAUCGGAGCCCCGAGGAGGAGAAGGCUGAUCUGUAACACCAGUUCCUGGUCUCCGUCAGGCUGAAGCACGCUGGCAUUGUUUCUAGAAGGAACUAAUUGAGAGAAAACCCAGUCAGCUGGGAAAUGGAGGGUGAAGAGAUUGGGGGAAGAAUUGAAGGGAAUUAUAAUGGUGGUGGGAAGUGGGGAAGGAAGAAAGUGAGGUUCUGGUCCACAGGCUGGAAGAAAUAAAAGAGGGGUGGUUAAGUUGAUGACGACGACGCUGCGAGUCUGUCUCCUGCCUUGCUCUGGGUCUACUCUACACAGUUGAGAAUGGAGUGAUUAUUAUGAUAUCCAUCUUUUAUUGAUU